AUGGCGACUCAAACCCCAGUCUUAGAUGAAUUCAUUGCCGGUGUCGCUGCGAUUAUUCGGAGCCGAGAUGGCACCAAGCUACAGGACUUUCUCCAAAUUGAACCCCCUCUCUCAGAAAUUUACAAUCGAAUGAUCCUGGAACUGCGCCAACAAUACCCACCCGGGCCUCAGAGCGACAAUGACUUACUGAAGCGAUGCGAAGCCCUUAUUCCACACCCCAAGAAUGCUUCCCCAUGGCUGUCUUUUCAGACUUUCAUGAAACUCUACUUCACGUUCUUGCGCGAUGUCAAUGUGGAAAACUUGCUCGAGACAUACAACCUGCUGAAAGUGUUGGUGAAUCAAUGUGUAUUGUCUCUUGGAGAUAGCCAGAUGGGAGUCAUCGUUUUACCCACCGUCCUUCACCUUUCAAAGGUACUCGCAAAAUUGGCAAUGGGACUCGACCGGCGGCCCGAGUUGAUCGCGCACCUUCUACAUAUGGGGAGUGCUAUAGAUCAGGAAAACGUGGAAAAAGUCACAUUGGUAGAGCAGUCAGCCAAUGUGGUACGUGAGGCCUUCAUUAAGUGCUUGACGGAUCGCAGCGGCUCUGUGGGUAUUCAUGGGAAGCCAGAGGGCAAACGGAUUGGAAUUUACCUUUUAGCAAACUUGUGUUUGAAGUUACUUUUCCAGUGUGGGAAACUGCGCAACGCUGAGCAAAUGUUCGCCAGUAUCAGUGCCCAGUCCCCUCCCCUGGUUCACUUCCCUGCUUCGCAACGAGUCACCUACCUCUACUACCUUGGACGCUAUCUUUUCUCCAACAACCUCUUUUAUCCUGCCGCUAUUGCCCUGCAGGCGGCCUACAACCAAUGCCAUGGUCUGGCACUGAAUCAACGACGUCUGAUCCUCUCAUACCUCAUCCCGUGCAAUAUCGUGAUGGGAAGAUUUCCAUCCCAGGCAUUACUCCAGCGACCAGAAGCUCAAGGACUGUCGGUGCAUUUUGAGCCGGUAUGCCGCUUGAUCAUCCGCGGAGAUUACCUUGCAUUUCGAGAACACCUCUCUCUGAGCUCUCCGGCUGCACAGUGGUUUUCACGGAAGGGGAUUCUGUUGACUCUACGUAACCGAUGUGAAAUUUUGGUGUGGCGCGCCUUUUGUCGCAAGGUUUUCGUUCUUGGUGGUUUCAAUAUCGACCCGCAGGCGCAGGCGCAGCGUGGUCCUCCGCCUUUCAUUUAUCUCCAACAACUUGUUGCAGCCACCCAAUGGCUCAAAGUACGACACAAUAUAUCGAACACAAAUGACACGUCGCUUCUAUCUCCAUCCUACGGCGCGCAGACUAUUUACCAGCCCUCAGACCCUGACUAUACUGGGACGAUAGAAAGUGACGGUCAGUCUCGUGAGGACGUUGAGGGUAGCAUAAUGCAAACCUACGGAGAUUUUCUCGCUCCAGAUGGCACUUUCAACGCAGUUGGACAGUGGCAGAAAAACAUGUCCGGACAUCUGGUUGAAUCCAACCCCAGACCAGAUUAUGAAGGAUGUGAAUUCAAUCCAUAUGCCCAUAGCUUGGGGGAGUCAGAACUCCUCAUGUCUGAAAUUGAAUCCAUUCUCGCCUCUUUGCUUACCCAGGGGCUGAUCUGGGGCUAUCUAACUCAUAGAAAUGCUCGGUUCGCCAUACCCGGUGCUCGGUCGCGGGGUGCACUGCCCACCGGAUUCCCCAAUGUUUGGAUGACGAUAUCGGCUAGAGAAAAAGAGAAUGAGAGUGUUCCUGGAUGGGUUCAACCUCCUCCACCGAGUAUUAUGGGUGCGGCUUUCGGCGGAGGAGGCCGUGUGGUCAAUCUGCAAGGGGCACGCGCAGUCGGAGUGCAAUAA